UGUGCGGAGGGAACUCUUGCAGGCAGGACAGGCAGGCAGUGUGUCUGCAAAGGAGGAGGAGGGAGGGUGGCCUUUUAAAGACCAGGCAGCCUCCUUCCCCCCUCACCCAGCCCCCUUUCUCCUUCUCUCCCUCUCUCUUGCUUUGCCUCCUUCUUUCCACUCCCUCCCUCCCUCCCCUUUCCCAGCCAGAAAGAAAGAAAGAGCUGCUUUUCUUUCCCUCUGUCCAAAAAAGCAAGGCUGGAGAAGGGAGCAAAGGGAAGCAACAAGGGCUGCUGGAGGGACUUUGUUGGACUUGUUGGACUUUGUUGGACUUGUUGGACUUUGUUGGACUUUAUUGGACUUGUUGGACUUUGUUGGACUUGUUGGACUUUGUUGGACGUUGUUGGACUUUGUUGGACUUUGCAACCCACUGCAAAGGGAGUGGAAGGAAGGAAGAGGAGACCCUCCAGAAAAUCCCCUCUUUGGGAAGCAGAGGAGUUGAAAGAGAAAGUGGCCGAAAGAGAAGGUGACCCUCUCCAAGGCUGCAGGGAGGUGGGGAGGGGUCCCUGUGCCCCCCUUGCCUCCCUCCCCAGCCCUCCCCAUGGACCCGCAGUCCCUGGAUGUGGCAGUGCAGACAACACUCUCUGGCCUUUUCCCUCCUUUCGAGGCCACGGCUCCCACGGUCCUGGGCCAGCUCUUCCGAGUCCUGGAGGCCAAAUACCACGGAGACGGGCUCUGCUGCCUCCUGGACUUCCUCGUCCCCUCCAAGCGCCUCCUGGAAGACGUGCGCCAGGCUGCAUGUGCUCCUUAUGUCAGCCGCGUGUUCCUCCACGAAGGCUGGCCGCUCUGCCUCCAUGAGAAAGUGGUGGUCCACUUGGGCCCCUUGAACCCGCUCCUCCUGCGCCCCGGUGACUUCUACCUCCAAGCAGAGCCCUGCGGGGAUCAGUCGGCCUGCCUUUCCUUGAAAUGUCUCUCCAGGGACUUGACCUCGGUGCAGAAGAUCCCCGUCCCAGAAGCCUCCUGCCCUUUGCUCUUCACCCAGGAAUGGCUGGAGGAGAUCAACCAGGGCUUGGACCAACCAGUGCUCCAUACUUGCCUGGUGGCCACUGAAAACGGCAUCGUCCCUGUGCCCUGGAGCAAAAUCGUGACGCCGGAAUUUGUCCAGUUGCCCAAAAGCAAAGAACGAGAGGCUGCUUCGGACUAUUUGGAGACCUAUUCCUUGCCGAAAGGCGGCACUGACCGAAGUCCGAGGUCAACCCAAGGCAAGUAUCCAGGCCUUAUCAAGGUGGAACAAGGAACCUGGAAACAAUCAAAUGUAUUUCUCCUGCCGAGUCUCUGUGAUAUCAUUAGUGAGAACUUGGAAGGGGAGUACGUCAACCUCUUGGGCUUUUCGGAGGAGAAGAAGCUGGAUUCUUCCUCUCCGGCCAAAUCAACGGCAUCUAGAACUCACCAAGAAGUUCCUGGAGAAGAAUCACCUGGGAUGGAGAAUGGGGUUGUGGAGGAAAUAUGGAGCUGCGCGAAGGGCCCUGACUCGGAGGAGGGUCCUUGCACUCCUUGUUUGAGGAGGAAACUGAACCAAGACCCCAAAGUCCAUGAGCCCAAAUGCCGGUAUCGUGAAUCCUAUGUGGCCGCCCUCAAGAACCCGGUCAGCUUCAGCUCAGGGUUGAUGGAAGCGAUCUUGGAAGAGAUAGACACAACACAACAAGCUCCAGAAAGCGUGGACACUAUAUCUCCCAGAGAUCCGGUUUCCAGAAUCUCCUUGGAAUGCCUAGACAAGGAAAGCAAAGCCGAGGAGGUUCCCAAGCCAAAGCCCUUGAAAGUCCUGAAGUCCCCUCCAGAAGGCCCUGCGGCGAGCAAUAGGUUCUCAUUCUUAAAAGGAUACCGGCAUCCUGUUCUUCCAACUUCUCCGACUUCUCCGGAGAAAGUUGGGAAGGGGCAGGAAGGGCCUCGGAAAAGGAACGUUUGCUCUCCAAAAGCAAGCCGAGGAAAGAUGGCUUCUUCAGGGAAAGGUACCAAUCAGGUUGAUGUGGUGUUUCCAGAGCAACCAUCACUAAAAAGAAUAGAAAACAACACUGCUGGAGUUUUGAACCUUGAUUCUUUGGUCAAAGAGCUACAGCCUCCGGGACCUGGACCUUGGGAUCCUGUCCGCUGGGAGUCACUAAAUACGGAGCUUUUGUCUUCUGGACUGGUGUGUCUGCCAGGAAACACUGAUAAGGCGGGGAGACCCAUCAUCCACAUCAGGAGUGGCCCAGAGUGGAGCGCCCCCUGGUGCUCAGCUUCAGAAGUGCUGCGCCUCCUCCUCUACCUUUUCUCCUUGUCCAGGAAGUGGUCAAGCGAGGCGACUCUGACGGUGGUCAUCGAUGCCAGGAAGGACCCCUUGCUCCCACCUCUCUCUGCAGCCCUGGCAGCCUUUCAGAAAGCCUUACCUGGCUCCAUCCACACCGUCUUGCUUCUGGCGGAAAAGGAGGCAGCUUCCCAUUUGGAAAAGUUACCUGGAGUGCAGGUGGAGCUGCUGAGCAACCUGAAGGCGCUGACCCGAUUCGUGGAUGGAAGCCAGUUGACCCAGACCCUGGAUGGCCAGUUCCCAUACUGCCACGGCGAGUGGGUCCAGUACUUCCAGAAGUUGCACCAUUUUGUAAAUGACCUCACGAAGGCUUCGGAGUUGUUACGGAGCGCCAUCAAAGAACUGGAGCGGAGCGAAGUGCCAGAGACCUUCCAGGCCGUUCAGCAGCAGAUGCAGCGCCAUCGGCAGCUGAUGCAGGAGGUCUUGUCCGAUGUGCGGCUGGAGGGUCUGCAGCGGGAAGGAGGGGCCACGCUGGCCAGGCUCCGGAGGGAGGCCGUCCGGCUCAGCCCCUCCCCGGAUGUCCGGAUGGGCAUCGAAUGGGCCUUGGCGCUCUACAGUCUGCUGGAAGAUCAGGUCCACUCCUUGGUCACCAAAUCCAACAGCCGUUCGGGGAGACUGGAGUUCCUCUUGAAGAUCCGGGAAUUGGAAGGAGAAUUCAGCAAGGUCAGUUUGUGGUUUGAGGAAAAAGGAGAACCGGAGCUUCUUGCAGUGGGAUCUGCAGCCGGCAGCCGGGAGAUUAUCGAAGAGUCCUACCGGAGGUUUAAGGAAUUCUUCAAAGAGGCCACGGUCCACUACAACCGGGGCCUCUCGCUGUCGAAGGACGCGGCCAAAAUCCAGGGCUCCUCCUUCCCUGAAAUGGGGGCUUUUGAGGCAGCUAAGCGGUCAUUCCAGGCCAAACUGACCACCUUCUACAUGGAGAUGGAGAGGACGGGGGCUGAGCUGGAGACCCUCCUUGACCUGCACAGGUUUGGUGACAAGGUUACACAGUUCAGCCUUGACUGCAAGCUGCUCCUGGUCCGUUCUGCCUCCAAAGGGAACGCUCUUAUGAACGCAAAUGCCCAACAAGAGGUGGAAGAAUUGCUCCAAAGGCUCUCCGGGGAGUUUUCAGCCGAGACCUUCCAGCAGAUGAAGAUCCAGGCCUCCAGCCUUUCCAACCGAAAUGGCUUAACGGUGUGGAGGGAAGCUCUGGAGAGAUGCCAGGAGGCCAAGCGCACCCUCCAAGGCGCAUUGGGGAGAUUCAAGGAAGAGAGAGAGAAGGGAUCCUUUGACUCAAUUCCUGAAGUCCAUGGUUUGGAUGAAGAUCCUGGUUUGGAUGGAGUAUCAAGAGAACAGGAGAGGAAAGUCAACAGUGACAAGGAUGGAUUUGCGAACACCAUUGGCGUUAGCAACCAUCCGUCUGUAGAGAUAGGAAAGGAGAGAGAGGAGACCUAUCUUGAUUCACUGGAUCCCGUCUUGGAACAUGGUCCUUCCAAGAAUGAUGAAGGUGGAUUUGCAGACACCGUAGGCAUUGGUGAACAUCCGUCUGAUCCUGCGCAUGGUGGUACAGGAAAAGGGAGCGAGGAGACCUAUCUUGACCCCAUCUUGGAAUAUGGGAACCCUGAAGCUCAGGACUUGGAUGCAGAGAUCUCCGAUGGCCUCCACGUCUCAACUCAGAGCUUGCCUUCCAUUCCUCUUGACUUCUCCCUCAAGACCUGUGAGAAGCUGCCCUCCGCCAAACAGCCUUGCGCCUCCAUGCCGGCCAGAGGUCGCAGCCGACGGAGGACCGAGGCAGCCCAAUACUUCCAGCUCUCCAGGCACGAGAGCUUUUCCUCGGAAGAUGCGGAUUCACAGAAUUCUGCUGAAGACACCUUGGGGUCCAGCACCUUGUCCAUGGAGUCUCCAAAUGCCAACUCAUCCUGUGCCCAGGAGAAGUCUUUGGGCAUUCUCUAUUUGGAGAACCACAAUGCGCAGUGCAUGCCCAAUGCAGCCACACAAUGAAACCGAGGAGCCAUGAGUCUCAAGUUCCACACUUUUGAGCACUUCAAGGCUUGGGUUGCUCUGAGUUUUUUGGGCUGUAUGUCCAUUUUCCAGUAGCAUUGUCUCCUGAUGUUUCACCUGCAUCUGUGGUUGAUGGCAUCUUCAGAGGUCUGUUGGAGAUGAGGCAAGUGGGUUGUCUAUCUAUCUAUCUAUCUAUCUAUCUAUCUAUCUAUCUAUCUAUCUAUCUAUCUGUGGAAUAUCCAGGGUAUCUGUGGGAGAAAGAACUCAUGUUUAUUAAAGCAAGUGUGGCUGUUGCAAUUAACAAGCUUCAAUAGCAUUGAGUAGCCAUAAAGUCUGCAAAGUCAAUUAGUGAGGGUAUCUGCAUAGCGAUAAACUGGGAUUUGUUGCCAUUGUUUGGGAGGUGUUAACUGACACUUGUUUGUUUGCUGUCUGGAGUACCGUGUUUCUGAGUGGUAUUCCUUAUUUACUGUCUUGGUUCUGGUGUUUUUUAAUUCUAGUGACCAGACAGAAGUUGCCUUCUCUGAUUGACUUUGCAGUUUCAUUGCUACUUAAUGCCAUUUAAGCUUACUAAUUGCAACAUUCACACUUGCUUUAACAGACAAGGGUUCUUUCUCUUACCUUGGACAUUAUUCCAUGGGUUAAUAUACACUCUACUUGCUUCACUGCCAACAGAACUUCUGAAG